AUGAAAGCUGACACUAUUGGAUUCAAGGUCAAUGGGCAGGAUUCGAUAUUCGACAAAGACAAGCGCAUGCUACUUUGGCGUGGUGUUUCUGAACUUUCAUUGGUAUAUCGCGAAUGCAAGUGUCGAUCUCGGCAUGCCAUCGUCAAGAAGCACAAGACCAACAUCGACAAGAUACAAUGCUUUUUUGAUGUAUCUGGAGAUCAAACAAGGAUCAGAUUCGUGGUGUAUCUCUUGGAGUUCACGGACGCCGAUGGAUCCGUGGCUCGAAAAGCCGUGUACAGCCGGCGACAUCCCACGUGGAAUCUCUGGGAUCCUUGA